AUGGCGGUGCCAUCGACGGGGGGGUCCCGUUUGCCGGGUUGUGCCCUAUACUUCUUCCUUUUCAUGUCGCUCGGAAGCGUGAUGCCUUUCGUUCCGGUCAUUUGGCGAAGCAAGAGGCUCUCUGAAACUGAGGUCGGUUUGCUGGCAGCUGUUCGGCCUAUCGCACUUCUUCUAGCAGGGCCAGUCAUCUGCUCGUUGAUAGGCAAAUACGGCGUUCAACAGACGUCGAAAGGGCAUGUCCACACGUUCCCUCAAAAAUGGCUGACGACGGACGCCAAUCGCCUUGUUUUCGCCAGGUACGGGACACAGAGGUCGUGGGGUGCAGCCGGCUACGGACUCGCGGCCGUCAUCAGUGGCUUUGUAUAUGACGCUACCGGGGGCAGUUACGACGGUCUGAUGGUUGCUUUCGUGACUGUCUUGGCACUCGCAUUGCUAGCCGCCCUCGGUGUUCCGGUUGGACGAACCGAUGAACCAGCCGGUGAUCAAGAUGAUGAGGAAGCCCGGCGCGAUCGAUCAGGGACCAGUGACAACAGUUUCGUUCAUGGAGAAACAGAGCUUGUCGAGAACGGACGCGCGAGCGAAGACGAGGUUACCGAUACCCGGCCCUGCGUAGGAAUCAGCGCCGAAGAUUUGGAGGACGGGGAACCGAGUAAACGACUAGAACACUUGGAACAAGAGGAACAUCGCGUGGCUUCGGUCCUCUGGAUUAUGUUCAGUACGCCGCAGAAUUUCUCGUUCUUUUUGGGGGUCAUGCUAAGCGGCAUGGCGAAGGGCGUGAUCGAUACCUUCCUUUUUAUCUGGUUGGAUGAGCUCGGGGGCUCUCACGUUCUCCUGGGCCUUGCUGGAGUUGUAAUGUGCUGCGGGGAAGUGCCGUUCUUCUACGUUUCGGGAUCUUUCAUCCGGAAAAUUGGACCGAGAAACGUAGUGGCCCUGUCGCAGAUUGGAUACAUCGUACGAUUAGUCUACUAUUCGGUUCUAUGGGACCCAUGGUGGGUGCUUCCGGCGGAACUUUUGCACGGCCUAACGUUUGCUGCUAUGUGGGCAGCUACGACCGACUACGCCCACGGGAUUGCGCCAGGUAGGGACCAGACGUCCCCGCUCGAGGUGCUCCACGGUUGGUAUCUCACGACCGAGGAGAGACGAUCGCCGCGCCUACUUUGCAACGGUUACUGA